AAACAAGAGUAAAGGAGAACCAUUAAUUAUGAAAAUUUUGACCGUUCAAAUAUCAUAACUCUGCAUCGCCAAACCAAGCGAGCAUCUUUCGUCGGUGAUUGCCUCUCCUCCUCCCACCCAGACAGCCAUGAACACUCCCUUCUACUUGCACAGACACGCUUCCUUUCUCUCUCUGUCCCUCCUCCACCUCCACACCGGUCCAAGCCCUAACCCUAAUCUUCAAAUUAUUGCCCACAGGCUCUUCUCUGACCAGUCAUGGCCGUCCAUAUCCCCACCCCUGGCCUCAGACCAAGACCCGAACCCAGUGCCGCCUGCCACCUCUCUUCAGUUCCCAAACGCUAUUCCCGACCACAACCCUAAUUUUCAUCACGGUGACUUCAUUACGCUCCGUGGCCUCCUCACGAACCCUAGCCUCCGACCCGGUCCGCCCCUCGAAACUGCCUUGGAUGGGACCGGAAUUGAACCGGGUCCGUGCCUGUUACAAGCCAUUUUCGAUCACUUGGAUUCCUCCCCAAAACCCUUGUUCAGUCUCUUCCUGUGGGCCAAGAAGCAACCUGGGUUUCAACACUCUGCCGUCGUCUUUAACUCGAUGAUCAAUGUCCUCGCUAAAGCGCGGCAAUUUGAUUCUGCUUGGUCUCUCUUGGUCGAUCAUCUGGACGACAAUGAGAGACUUAGUUUGGUCUCUAUUGAUACCUUUGCAAUCCUCAUCAGGCGCUAUGCUCGUGCCGGUAUGCCCCAAUCGGCGAUUCGAACAUUUGAAUUUGCGUGUAAUUUAGAUCUGAUUCAGGAGUCAAAAUUUGAAAUGAACUUGUUGGAGAUUUUGUUAGAUUCACUUUGCAAAGAAGGGCAUGCUAGGGUAGCGUCAGAGUAUUUUGAUAGGAAGAGGGUAGUGGACCCAAGUUCGGUUCCUUCCACACGGGUUUAUAAUAUACUAUUAAAUGGAUGGUUUCGGUUGAGGAAGCUUAAACGAGUGGAACGGCUUUGGUUGGAGAUGAGAAAAGAAAAUGUGACCCCAACUAUUGUGACUUAUGGUACUCUUGUUGAGGGAUAUUGUCGAGUGCGUCGUACAGAGAGAGCAAUUGAAUUAGUGGAUGAAAUGAGGAGGGAAGGAAUUGAGCCAAAUGCUAUUGUAUAUAAUUCAAUUAUUGAUGCUUUAGGGGAAGAGGGGAAGUUUAAGGAGGCAUUAGGGAUGAUGGAACGCUUUCUGCUCUUGGACUCAGGUCCCACAAUUUCGACCUUCAAUUCUCUUGUGAAGGGUUUUUGCAAGGCAGGUGAUCUUGUAGGGGCUAGCAAGAUCCUUAAGAUGAUGAUUGGUUGGGGGUUUGUGCCAACUCCUACAACUUACAAUUACUUCUUUCGAUACUUUUCAAAAUUUGGGAAAAUUGAAGAGGGGAUGAAUCUUUAUACUAAAAUGAUCAAGUCUGGACACAUGCCUGAUCGGCUCACUUACCAUCUCCUGGUGAAGAUGUUGUGUGAACGGGAGAGAUUGGACUUAGUGAUCCAAAUUAGCAAGGAAAUGAGAGUUAGGGGAUGUGAUUUGGAUUUAGCUACGAGUACCAUGUUGGUGCAUUUGCUGUUCAAAAUGCAUAGAUUGGAAGAGGCUUUUGCAGAGUUUGAGGACAUGAUCCGGAGGGGUAUUGUUCCUCAAUACCUUACUUUUCAGAAAAUGAAUUAUGAGCUACAGAAACGGGGGAUGACAGAAAUGGUACGGAAAUUACGUGAUAUGAUGGCUUCUGUCCCUCAUUCAAUGAAGUUGCCAAACACUUAUAGAGGAGGUGAAGAUGCACCACGUGUAAGGAAAAUGUCUAUAAUUCAAAAGGCCAAAGCAAUGUCUGAUAUUUUAAAAACCUGUAGAAAUCCAAGAGAGCUAGUUAAGCGGAGAAGUUCUUCUGAAAGUCCUGUAUCAAGUGCAAACAAGUUAAUAGAGGAAAUCAGGAGAAGAGCUAAUGAAAAAUGAAGCUAUAGAUUCUCCAAAAUUCAGCAGCAGUUGUUUUCUUCUAUUGCAUUAACUUUUCUAUCCCAGGAUUUCUGUGGAGUUAAAUUUAUUAACAAACCUUGAUAUAUUGCUGAAAAUUAUGCGUAGAGAUCUAGGAUGUUAGUAUUUAAGUUGAAAGUCCAGAUCUAUAUCAGUGAAGCAAAUGCAAAAGCCUGUUAUAAGAGGAUGCUAGUGGAGAAUCUGUGGAACAUGAAGGUGGAUUACGGUAUGGAGGAUACAGGAAUAGAAAUCAAAGUAACUUUGAGCUUUAGAUAUGUUAGGAUUCAGAGUGGACAUGUAUAGGCCUCUGAUGCAGUGAGCAUUUCUGAAUAUUUUGUCUUUCACCAAAAAGUGUCGAAGUUCUUGUGCCAGUUUGCUAAAUUCAUGUCUUUGAUAUGUGCAGCAUAAAGAGAAGAUGUGAUUUAAUGCUUUGUAUGCAGUUUUCAGUAAGUGAAAAAGCAGUAAGGUGUGGUAUGAAGUAAACUUUUCUACUAUAAUGGAUUGCAUUUUUAAAAAAAAAUGUGUAUUUAUUACAUUCCUUUUAUAAAAUCAGAUUUAGGUUGGCUUCAGUAAAGCUCUUACUGCUUUUUAAGUAUACGCUGCAUUGCUAUUUUUUGAUAGAAUACCUUUGUCAGAUAAGAGGACUUUUUCCCCAAAAAUUAAUCAACUCUUUUGUGAUUGUGGCUGUGUUAAAGUUCAUUGGAACUCUUCUCAUUGUUUUUUUUUUAAAUAACGAAAGAAAAGAUGUCAUUAGAAGAGAUAAGAAUAUAAAUAGAGAAGGAUAGCAAAUCCGAAAAUGAAAUAAAAUCCAAAAGAUAAAAUAACGUUCAAAGUCCAAUUACUAAAGCCUGUUAAUCCCUUUGGAAGUCUGGGAAACAUGUUCCCUUAAAAUACACAGCCUGCACAAGCCCGAAGAAAAGCCACAUACCAUAUCCUGUCCCAAGCAAAGAUAAAAUCAGCCUCCUUCCCGUUGAAAAUACACGCAUUCCAUUCCAGUUGAAAUUCCUCAUGAAACAGCAAAAACUGCCAGAUUUCCAGAGACAACCAGCAUCCUUACUCCUCCCAAAGCCCCUAAAUGAAAUAGCCAGGGAAAAAAAAGGUCUUCCACCAUCUUUGGAGACUCUCUCCAAGUACACAAAGCAACAUUCGAUUCAUUCCAUACAUCCCCAGUAAACAAGCAGUGUAGUGCUCUCCAGGAACCCAAAUCCCAAACCCAAACCCAAACAUCCUAUGGGAAGAACAAGCAGCCUCCAAAGCUCCAACAGAGAAAACAAAGAAAAAGAGCUCGUCCACCUCCCUAUCAUUUAAAUAUCUACAAAAAAAUGUGAAUCCCAUAAAAAGGUAUUACCAAUUAUGAUCAUAAAGAAUGACAGGAUUAUGAACCAGAGAAAGCUGCGGAGAUGGGGAAAAAUCAUAAAUAUUGCAGAAUCCCUCAACCAGAAAUCCUCCCAAUAGUGAAUAUGAGAAUCAUUGCCCAAUUUAUAUUUUGGUGAAAGGGAUGAAUAAAAUGUGUAUGAAAAAUAAACCUCCAAGAGCUCUUAGAAGAACAUUAAAUUCCCAAAUUCAUCACAAUUGUUCACUUCACUUGCAAGCAAAAUUUAUUUUUAAUAACUCUUAAGGCUUUAGUUGUUCACCUUUGAGGGAAAAUACCACAACCAUUUAUCUAUUAGAGCCAUGUUUUAGACGGAAACUUUCCCAACACACCCUCCCCCCAAGCGCCACUCCUCCUUAGACCAACAAAGAACCUCCCAACUAACCACCUCAUCCAAGACCACCUCUCACCAAGGCCCUUCCUUAUGAUAACCUUUUCAGAAAAUUCCAACUAACACGAUCAUACUUUGGCAAUAAUCUUGUGAAAGACGGAUUAGAUAAACACCCCCGCAAUGGACCUACUCUUUUUGGGCACCAAAGGGAUGAGCAUUGAAUUAGUACUCUUCCCAAGAAUCCCAGUCACAUAAAGCUCGUUAAAAAUCUUCAACAAAUUCACCCUCAUCUCAUCCUAACAAUCUUGAAAAAAAAAUCAAUAUAAAAUCCAUUUGGCCCUGGAGCCCUAACACUCUCCAUCCCAUGCACUACAGUCCUUCCUCUUCAAAAGACCUUUCCAACCAAGUAAUAGGCUUAGCAUUCGAUGAGAAGAAAAAGUACAUAGAUUUUUGUACCCUUUUUUGUUCUUUUAAUAGGCAAGGUAGUUAUAUAAACUAGGAAGGCUCAUGUACAGCCCAUAUAUUUGGGUAUGUGCAAAUCUACAAGGAUUCUACUGCCAUACAAGCAUCCUCUAGAAUAUCCGUACCCCUAUAAACACAAGAAAAAAUGGGCUUAGUAUCCCAAUAGAAGAAACAAAUGCAUGAGAAAUGUUUCUUUGCCUUUUACGAGAAAGAAAUAAAAAACUGCACAAGAAAGAUAGAUCAAUAUUACUUAGAAUGUUGAAGGUACUGCUUCUCACAAGAGGCACAUUACAGCUCAUGCUCUAAAAUGUGGAACAUAAGGGGUAUAUUUCUAUACAGAUAUAUUUGUGAAAAAUGUGUAAUGGCACUUGUAUAUUUUGGAGAGGAUGUUGAGAUGUUCUAUGUCUAGAAGAGAUUUUCCUUUGUGAAAUAGUUUAAUAAUGAUUGAAAUUAGAAUUAUAACGUGAUGGUUCCUUACUUUUUAACUAAUAAAAAAAAAUAUUUGAUGGGAAAAAUAUUGAAUUAAAACUUCGGAUCAUUAGAUUUAGCAUUUCCCUCCCCCCCCCAAAAAAAAAAGUCCUGCAACAAGCCUUCAUCGAUCUUGGCAUCACCAGCUGAAAUCCCAGCAUGGAAAGCAUGAAACACCAUAUCUUUCCUGCCCCUUGGCAAUGGAGUGAAAAAAUAAUUACAUCUUUCCUUUUUCUUUGCACAUGUAGAACCAAUUGACAUAAAUCAUCUCACACUUGAAUUAUCCCUGGUAACUGGUAAGGAUGGACUCCCAUACUGCUGUCUGCCGGAAAAAAAAAUGUAAUCUUGCUACGAGCCCUAUGUCCCAAAUCAGAACCAAUGAAAUCUGUGACCUUGGAACUCCAUAAGGUAGGCAUGGAAAGAUUUGACAGUGAAAAUUAUCCUUGUCACACACCAAAAGCAUCCUAUCCUCCUGAACCUCUGGCUAUGGGCUCUCAUAAAGCUUUGCAAGUAAGCCCUGGAUGACCUCAACCUCCAAAUACUGCUAGUGCUUCUGAAAAGAUACACUUAUUUUUUUAUUGCUUUUUCAUUUUGAACGGGGGAAUGCAUACACACAGCACAACAAUCCUCUAUUUUCCUGGAAUCAUUGCCUUUGGAGAUCAAAAAGAUUGGAUGAGGUACUUUUAAGAAUGGCCAUGAAAUUGGUCUGGGGGAAAUGGUUUUUACAUUAAUACUUCGUAAUCCUUGUGCCUAAUGUGGUAAUGUAAUCAAUAUAUUAGACCAUCAUUUUGUUUUGCCCCGGAUGUUUGUAUAAUUAAAAUUGUUGUUGAUGCAACAGGUAUAUAAGAUGGCAUUCAUCAAUUACUUGGACAAAUCUUUCUUGGAACAUGAUUACCUGCCAUUUUUGAGAGAGCUAUUUUUGGCAGAUUGACUUUGCUUUGGCAACUCCCUUGAUAGAAUUGUGGACUUGGAAUGGUAUUCACACCGACAAACAAAGAGAAAAACUUGUACAGCUCGUCUUACACACUAUUUUUUGGCUGGUUUGGAAGGAAAUAAAUAGAGGAGCUCUUAAUGUUGUUGAGUUGUCAGUCAACACAGUUCAAGACAAUUGGAUUUGAACCCUGCAUGUCUGGUUCAAUGGGCAUACUUUUGUUAAUAGCGCCAUGCUACCAUUGAUUCUUUCUAGUAAUUUUUUGUUUUUCGUACUUGAGUUGUACCCGUUUGAUUUUAUUGAUUCAGACAUUGUGUGUAGGAGCAUGAAUUUUUUCAAGCUUUGGAUGUGAAUUAGGUUGAAAAUAUAUAUGAUUUUGUGUUGGAUUUUGUUUAAAUCCACACAAACUCAAAACAAA